ACAUGGCGUCGCCUCCCUCCGCGCGGGGGAUCUCUCGCCUCCUGCGUGUUCUCCUCCUGCUGUUUUUGCUUCAGGUGGACACGUCCUUCGCCAUGGUAACAAGCUUCAAGGUGCUGAGCAAGAUCGAGCACCGCUACGCCAUCACGCAGGUCACCACCAAAAUGCGGAACUUGAGGAGCGAAAUGUCGGAGAUGAAGUUCAGGAUGACGCUGCCGAAGAAAGCCUUCAUCUCCUCGUUUACGAUCGAGGUGGACGGCGUGAACCACACCAGCACGAUCGGGGAGCCUCUUCCCGAGCCCAGUUUUAACCAGCGACUUGAGAGGUCCAUUUUCCUCGUCCAAGAGUGAGUAUAUGGAA